GUGAUACAAUCUGCGGACAGAGAGAGAGAGAGAGGGAGGGGGGUGGAGAAAAAAAAAACCGACUGGGUGAGUCGCUCUUUGUUUCUGGCUAGGAGGAAAAACCUAAAGACGUUGCACCCGGCAAGGAUUCAAACACCAACCAUUCGUGGGUUCUUUCUGCUGCCACACAUUCCCAGCUUCCCUGAGAGAUGUCCACCCCUGACCCCCCGAUGGGAGGGACCCCUCGUCCGGGACCCUCCCCAGGACCGGGGCCAUCUCCGGGAGGCAUGAUGGGUCCGAGCCCCGGCCCCUCUCCAGGCUCCACCCACAGCAUGAUGGGACCCAGCCCGGGGCCCCCAGGAUCCGGACACCCCCACCCGGCACAGGGGCCCUCGGGAUAUCCUCAGGAGAACAUGCACCAGAUGCACAAACAGCCAAUGGAAGCCAUGCAUGAGAAAGGAAUGCCCGACGACCCCCGCUACGCCCAGAUGAAGGGCAUGAGCAUGAGGCCAGGGGUGCACAGCGGCAUGGGACCCCCUCCAAGCCCCAUGGACCAACACUCCCAAGGUUACCCCUCUCCAUUGGGCGGUUCAGACCACGCCCCCAGCCCAGUCCCAUCUAACGGCCCCCCCUCUGGUCCCAUGAUGCCCGGCGGCCCCCCCGGCCCCAUGGAGGGCGGCGGGGACCAGAACCAGGGGAUGGGUCAGCCGAACCGUGGCGCUCCUCAGGGUCCAGUGGGUCCAGGGGGUCCAGGGGGUGUCGUGGGAGGACCAGGAGGACCAGUUGGACCAGGUGGAGCUGGAGGCCCGGCCCCCUUCAACCAGAACCAGCUGCACCAGCUCCGGGCUCAGAUCAUGGCGUACAAGAUGCUGGCCCGCUCCCAGCCGCUGCCCGACCACCUGCAGAUGGCCGUGCAGGGCAAGAGGCCCAUGCCCGGGAUGCAGCAGCCCAACAUGCCCAACAUGGCCCCGUCUGCUGGGCCCGGAGGACCAGGAGCCGGACCAGCACCCGCAAACUACAACAGACCUCACGGCAUGGUGGGUCCUAACAUGGUGCCUCCUGGACCUGCAGGAGUUCCCCCCGGUAUGCAGGGCCCCCCCACCAACGGACCCCCUAAAUCCUGGCCUGAAGGGCCGAUGGUGAAUGCUGCCGCUCCCUCUAACCCCCCUCAGAAGCUGAUCCCCCCCCAGCCCACCGGCAGACCCUCGCCCGCCCCGCCUUGCGUCCCCCCCGCUGCCUCCCCGGUGAUGCCCCUUCAGACCCACAGCCCCGGGCAGCCCAACCAGCCGCCCCCCAUGAUGCUCCACCAGAAGCAGAACCGCAUCACUCCCAUCCAGAAGCCCCGCGGGCUGGACCCGGUGGAGAUCCUGCAGGAGAGAGAGUACAGGCUUCAGUCUCGCAUUGCUCACCGGAUCCAGGAGCUGGAGAACCUUCCGGGUUCUCUGGCCGGAGAUCUGAGAACCAAAGCCACCAUCGAGCUGAAGGCCCUGAGGCUGCUCAACUUCCAGAGACAGCUGCGCCAGGAGGUGGUGGUCUGCAUGCGUCGAGACACGGCGCUGGAAACCGCUCUGAACGCUAAAGCCUACAAACGCAGCAAACGGCAGUCUCUGCGUGAAGCUCGCAUCACCGAGAAGCUGGAGAAACAGCAGAAGAUCGAACAGGAGCGCAAACGCCGGCAGAAACACCAGGAAUACCUCAACAGCAUCCUGCAGCACGCCAAGGACUUCAAGGAGUAUCACCGCUCCAUCACAGCCAAGAUCCAGAAGGCAACGAAGGCCGUGGCCACGUACCACGCCAACACGGAGCGCGAGCAGAAGAAGGAGAACGAGCGCAUCGAGAAGGAGAGGAUGAGGAGGCUCAUGGCUGAGGAUGAGGAGGGGUACCGUAAGCUGAUCGAUCAGAAGAAGGACAAGCGGCUGGCCUACCUGCUGCAGCAGACGGACGAGUACGUGGCCAACCUCACGGACCUGGUGCGCGCUCACAAGGCCGUGCAGGCGCUCAAAGAGAAAAAGAAGAAGAAGAAGAAAAAGAAGAAGCCAGAGCCUACGGAGGGAGGUGGUCUGGGACCAGAUGGAGAGCCGUUGGAUGAGACCAGUCAGAUGAGCGACCUGCCGGUGAAGGUCAUCCAUACCGACAGCGGGAAGAUCCUGGUGGGCAUCGAGGCUCCGAAGUCCGGGCAGCUGGAGACCUGGCUGGAGAUGAACCCAGGAUACGAAAUUGCGCCGCGUUCAGACAGUGAAGAGAGCGGCUCAGAAGACGAGUACGAAGACGAGGGAGAAGAAGAGGAGCAGCCUCACACCUCUGUGACUCCAGUAGUCGUCGUCGUCGCUCCAGUAGUGGUAGUGGCACCUGUAGAGACGAAGAAGAUCCCCCACCCCGACAGUGAUGAAGUCAAUGAAACGGACGUCCUGCACAUCAUCGAACACGCUAAGCAGGAUGUGGAUGAUGAGUACGGUACAGCCGCCAGCUUUGAACGCGGCCUGCAGUCUUAUUACGCUGUGGCUCACGCCGUCACUGAGAGGGUGGAUAAACAGUCAUCGCUGCUCAUCAACGGACUGCUCAAGCAAUACCAGGUUAAAGGCUUGGAGUGGCUGGUGUCUCUCUACAACAACAACUUGAACGGUAUCCUGGCCGAUGAGAUGGGUUUGGGGAAAACCAUCCAGACCAUCGGCCUCAUCACUUACCUCAUGGAGAACAAGCGCCUCAACGGGCCCUUCCUCAUCAUCGUCCCUCUCUCAACUUUAUCAAACUGGGUCUACGAGUUUGAUAAGUGGGCCCCAUCUGUCGUGAAAGUGUCCUACAAGGGCUCUCCUGUUGCUCGCCGUGCGUUCCUUCCCAUCCUGCGCAGCGGCAAGUUCAACGUGCUGCUCACCACCUACGAGUACAUCAUCAAAGACAAGCAGGUGCUCGCUAAGCUCCGCUGGAAGUACAUGAUUGUGGACGAGGGCCACAGGAUGAAGAACCACCACUGUAAGCUGACUCAGGUCCUGAACACUCACUACCUGGCGCCCCGACGCCUGCUGCUCACCGGCACCCCGCUGCAGAACAAGCUGCCCGAGCUCUGGGCGCUGCUCAACUUCCUGCUGCCCACCAUCUUCAAGAGCUGCACCACCUUCGAGCAGUGGUUCAACGCCCCCUUCGCCAUGACCGGGGAGAAGGUGGACCUGAAUGAAGAAGAGACCAUCCUCAUCAUCAGGCGUUUACACAAAGUGCUCCGGCCCUUCCUGCUGCGCCGACUCAAGAAAGAGGUCGAGGCUCAGCUGCCUGAGAAGGUGGAGUACGUGAUAAAGUGCGACAUGUCGUCCCUGCAGAGAGUUCUCUACAGACACAUGCAGGCCAAGGGAGUGCUGCUCACUGACGGCUCAGAAAAAGACAAGAAGGGUAAAGGUGGCACGAAGACCCUGAUGAACACUAUCAUGCAGCUGAGGAAGAUCUGCAACCACCCCUACAUGUUCCAGCACAUCGAGGAGUCUUUCUCUGAGCAUCUCGGCUACUCUGGAGGAGUCGUGAGCGGCCCCGACCUGUAUCGCGCCUCUGGUAAAUUUGAGCUGCUGGAUCGUAUCCUGCCAAAGCUGUGUGCCACCAACCACAAAGUACUGCUCUUCUGUCAGAUGACCACGCUCAUGACCAUCAUGGAGGACUACUUCGCCUUCCGAGGCUUCAAGUACCUGCGUCUGGAUGGAACCACUAAGGCAGAGGACCGUGGGAUGCUCCUGAAGACCUUCAACGACCCGGCCUCGGACAACUUUGUGUUCCUGCUGAGCACCAGGGCUGGAGGUCUGGGCCUCAACCUGCAGUCAGCUGACACCGUGGUCAUCUACGACAGCGACUGGAACCCACAUCAGGACCUCCAGGCCCAGGACAGAGCUCACCGCAUCGGGCAGCAGAACGAGGUGCGCGUCCUCCGCCUCUGCACCGUCAACAGCGUGGAGGAGAAGAUCCUGGCCGCCGCCAAGUACAAGCUGAACGUGGACCAGAAGGUCAUCCAGGCCGGGAUGUUCGACCAGAAGUCUUCGGGCUGCGAGCGCCGCGCCUUCCUUCAGGCCAUCCUGGAGACCGAGGAGCAAGAUGAGGUCGGGGCGCAGGCAGGAGCCCGGCCCAAAGCAUGGCAACAGGAGGAGGACGAGGUUCCCGAUGACGAAACCGUCAACCAGAUGAUCGCCAGAAGUGAAGAGGAGUUUGAGCUGUUCAUGCGCAUGGAUCUAGACCGGCGCCGCGAGGACGCUCGCAACCCGAAGAGGAAGCCCCGUCUGAUGGAGGACGAAGACAUGCCCAGCUGGAUCUUGAAGGACGACGCUGAGGUGGAGAGGCUGACCUGCGAGGAGGAGGAGGAGAAGUUGUUCGGACGAGGAUCCCGCCAACGCAAGGAGGUCGACUACAGCGACUCGCUCACUGAGAAACAGUGGCUGAAGGCCAUCGAGGAGGGGAAUCUGGAGGACAUCGAGGAGGAGGUGCGUCACAAAAAGACGACCAGGAAGCGUAAGAAGGACCGGGAUCACGACAGCGGUCCGGCGACGCCUGGCUCCAGCAGCGGCCGAGUGAGAGACAAGGACGAGGACGGGAAGAAGGCCAAGAAACGAGGCCGCCCCCCCGCAGAGAAACUCUCCCCAAACCCCUCGGCCCUCACCAAGAAGAUGAAGAAGAUCGUGGACACCGUCAUCAAAUAUAAGGACGGGAUUAACGGGCGACAGCUGAGCGAAGUCUUCAUCCAGCUGCCGUCUCGCAAAGAGCUGCCCGAAUACUACGAGCUCAUCCGCAAACCUGUGGACUUCAGGAAGAUCAAGGAGAGGAUCCGCAGCCAUAAGUACCGCGGCCUGAACGACCUGGAGAAGGACGUGAUGCUGCUCUGUCAAAACGCCCAGACCUUCAACCUGGAGGGCUCUCUGAUCUACGAGGACUCCAUCGUGCUGCAGUCCGUCUUCACCAGCGUCCGACAGAAGAUCGAGAAAGAGCUGGAGAGCGAAGGAGAGGACAGCGAGGAAGAGGAGGACGACAUCGACGACGGCUCAGAGUCUGAGGCUGAGGCUCGCUCCGUGAAGGUGAAGAUCAAGCUGAGCCGGAAAGAGAAGGGCGAUCGGGGGGGAAAGAGACGGAGGGGCCGCGGAGCCCGAGCAAAACCUGUGGUGAGCGACGACGACAGCGAGGAGGAGCAGGAAGAGGAGCGUUCGGCCAGUGGCAGCGAGGAGGACUGAAGGAACUCUCCUGAUUGGACCAACACUGCGCCCCUUGACUGGACUUUAUAUAUUUUACUUAGAUACAGCAGGGAGACAGUCGGUGGAGGAGGCCUAGUUUUACCUAGAUCAGCUGAUUUUUAGUGGGACAAUUGUAUUCUCAUUAAAGUAUACCAUUAAUUAAAAACCAAUUUUAAAAAAUGAAACUAAAAUAUGAAAGCUAUGACCAUUCACUUCCAUAUUUAAACCGUUUUUCCCAGUAUGAAUAGUAGCGUCUCUUUGCCUUCUUGUUUUGUUUUCUCCUGGAAGUGGAAGAUUGACAGAGGCUGAAUUAUAGACGGAUCGUGGGCCAUAAAGACAGCUAACUGUUUUAUUGGUUUUUUUUGUAAGUGGUAUUCAUUUUGUCUUUUUACUUGAAAGACAAAGCGUACAUGUGAACCAGGAGUCACUCUGAAGUUCCUCCCUUUUUGAAUGCAUGUCGUGCGUGUGCACCUGAAUGUGUCUUCGCUAUUAUCUCUGUGUUUAAUUUAAGACUACAAGCGGGAUCACGGUACAUCCCACCCUGCAGACCCUCCCUCUCAGGGUGUGUAUGUAAAGAGGGAGGGAGGGAUUGGACCAUUUUCUCGUGUCGGUGUCACUGGAUUCCAAAAAGUACAAUAAAGGCAUCUCAUAAUUAA